AUGCCUCGACCGCCUGUCAGACGUGGGCGUCGCCCAAAGACUGUUAGCCCCUCAGAAGUAGUUGCGGUAUGCAACGACAGACAAUCCGACGCACAUAAUUUUGCGGUAGUAAUUAAACCAAACUUGGAUCACGCCCAAGACCCUAAAGAGCACGGUGGUAAUACUAGGGAUGAUGGGGAGAAUUCACCUGAGACAGCAUACCUCCAGAGAAGUGAAUCGGUGGCCAAUGAAGAGCGACAUCUGGAGGCAGUAAUCCCUCAAGCGCAGACCCCUAUCUCGGAACAUCAAAAUGGCGCCAGCGACUUACCAACGCGAAUCGACGUUAUGUCUUCCGCCAUAGGAAAAGCGCUCCAUCCCAGUCUUCCCAAUCGAGGGGACACCAGUUCCAGAGCACAAAAAAUCGGAACUCCGGCCUUUGAGAGCUCGAUGCUUAGCAAUUUUAGACGGCGGCCCAGGCAACCCAGUAUCCUUCAGAUGAUGCAAGGAGAUCCAUCGUCCGAACUCGAUGACGAUGAUGAUAUGCUUGGUAGUUUCGACCCGGAUGAUGAAUCAACUCCCCUAAAAUUUUCCAACCGCCAAAGUAUACCUUAUGACUCUGUAUCGAUCCCAUCUUCCGCGCUGCGGGAUUUAUCCCCUGCGCGCUUAUCGAAACGGAAACUACACAGCAAGACUCAAGUGCAAGUUUCUCCGUCCCCCGAUCCAUCCAAAUUCGCAAUUGCAGUCGAUGAAACCACCGAUAAUAGUACCUCUGAAGAUGACUCCCUGCCUACCCCAAGGGGAGCCCAGUCGCCGGAGCCGCUCGAAUUGUCGAGUCAGACAAUGAUGCCACCCGAGAGCAGCCCAGCCUCUAGUGUGGAGAAACGACGAUUAGAUACUGCGCACGAUGAAUUUCCAGAAAAUGAAACAUCUCUUCCUAAUAGAGAAAGACAACCUGCCACGAUCUAUAAACCCCGGGUUUCUACUGCGACUCUGAGAGAAAAUUUGCUGCCUCAGCGGCGACGUCUGCAAAGACGCCGUGUAUUAAACCAUGCCAAUACGCUCGCUUCAGACGAUAUUGAAAAUGAACCCUUUUUCAGUGACCAUUCCGACACAUUUGAGGCUGAUCAAGAUGAGCUGAGUUACACAGCGUCGAAGGUUUUUAAAAGGAGGAAGGAUAUAGCAGGAGUGCCGGAAGCCAGCAGGGGCGGAGGGAACAGGGAGCUACCCGGCACCGUCGGGAACAACCGUGGCCGACGACGGACACCAGCGAUGAAGUCGUCUACUAUUGGGUCCUCCAGAAAUGCGCAUUUAACUCGCUCCAAAAGGGGUAACAAUACCACUUAUUUCUCGCACGACAGCCACGAGGAACUUGCCGAUAAGGAGAACCAAUCGAUCCACGCAUCCUCCUCACCACCGGACUCUGAAGAGCCAUUUUCCACUGCUGAUAUUUCACCACCAGCCUCAGAACGCGUAUUUCUAAGCGAUGAGCUCAUGCAACAAGCACAAAAGUUCGCCGAAAUUAGCCAGUGGCCCCUAGACUUUGAGGAUGUCGCGGUGACAUCAUGUCAAAGCAGCCCAGCACGGUAA